GCCCUGAAGGGAUUGAAAUGUGAAUCAUAUAAUAGGAUAGAACAGAUGGCAUGGGAGGAUCUAGACAUAGUGACAUGGAUAAUUUGAUGGAGGCUUAGUCUAAUGAAGGAAUUAUAGCAUGCGGUUAAACUAGAAGCCAAGCCCUCUGAUGAACAGCUUAGGAAGCUUGAUAUGUUUUGCCUGGAGAAGAAAAGCAUGUGAUCCACCAGACGUUGUGACCCCCAUCUUCCAGCAACCAGUCAUGGACACUGAAACUAUACCCACACAAGAACCCUCCCUCACAGUUAAUGAGCAGGUGAUUGUGAUGUCAGGUCAUGAGACAAUUCGGGUGCUGGAAGUGGGUGUGGAUGCUCCACUGCCUGCAGACGAUGAAGGAAAAACUAUGAAAACAACAUCAGCAGCUGAAGGAGAGGAUAAUAAAAGUUGCCCUGCAGAACCCAAUGGUACAGGAAGGGAAGGGGCAGAGCAAAACUCAGAAAAAGUUUGCGGGGAAUCAGAGCGUGAAGUGAAAACAUUGCCUGAAGUAGCACCUGCUGCCAUCCCUGGCAUGCUCCCCUUCAACCAAGUGACAAACCAGCAAACACAAACACUAACUCCCGUCACGGUGCAAGCCGCACCACAGGUCUUGACUCAGGAAAACUUAGCAACAGUUGUGACAGGCGUAAUGGUUCCAGCAGGGGCAGUUACUCAACCUCUUCUUAUCCCCAUCAGUAUUGCAGGUCAAGUGGCAAGUCAGCAGGGGCUGGCUGUGUGGACAUUUCCUGCAGCAACGGUCGCUGCCCUCCCAGGACUGACGGCUGCCUCUCCUACUGGGGGAAUUUUCAAAUCACCUCUAGCCAAUUUGCAAGCUGCUGCAGUGUUGAAUACAGCAGUACAAGCCCCUUUGCAGCCAAGCCAGCCUAUCCAGGCCCAACAAACUGUUCAGCCAAGGCCAGCAAUUCAAACACAGACUGUACUCCAGCCCCAGGCUCAGCCAGCCAUUUUGCCACAGCCAACUGCAGUAUCCACACCGCCAGUUGUCAAGCCAUUGGAAACUCAAACACAAAUAACUGUUCAGCCAGCUGGAUUUGCGUUUAACCCUGGAAUAAUCAGUGCAGCUUCUCUUGGAUCCCAAACCCAACUCCUCAGUUCCCUGGCUGCCACGCCAGUGAUUGCAAAUGCGAUUCCUAGUCUCCAGGGGAUUACUGGGCAAAUCCUGACCAAUGCUCAGGGACAAGUUAUUGGCACACUCCCAUGGGUGGUUAACCCAGCAGCCAUUGCCACAGCAAACCCAGCCGCGUUGCCAGCACAGAGUCUGCAGGUGCAGGCAGUGACACCCCAGCUGCUCUUGAAUGCCCAAGGCCAGGUCAUAGCCACCUUGGCCAGCAGCACCAUCCCGGCAACAGCAGCUUUGAGGAAACCCAGCACCCCAGAAUCACCAGCAAAGACCGAGGUCCAGCCUAUUCAACCUGCUCCGCCUUUGUCGCAGCCAGCGGUGGUCAUUGCAAGUCCUCCUCCUGCAGCCAAACUAGCUUCUGCUCCUGCCCCCAUUUCCUGUUCAGAGACCCCUACUGUCAGCCAGCUUGUUUCUAAGCCUCAGCCUCCCAACAGUGGAAGUGAUGAAGAUGGAAUUAACUUGGAGGAAAUUAGAGAAUUUGCCAAGAACUUUAAGAUUCGACGCCUGUCUUUGGGUUUGACACAAACACAAGUGGGGCAGGCAUUGACUGCAACUGAAGGACCUGCAUACAGCCAGUCCGCUAUAUGCAGGUUUGAAAAGUUGGACAUCACUCCCAAAAGCGCCCAGAAGUUGAAGCCUGUCCUGGAGAAGUGGCUGACUGAGGCUGAGCUGCGGAACCAGGAAGGUCAGCAGAAUCUAAUGGAGUUUGUGGGCGGAGAGCCCUCCAAGAAGCGUAAACGACGCACAUCUUUCACGCCACAGGCCAUCGAAGCCCUCAAUGCCUACUUUGAGAAAAAUGCCCUGCCCACAGGGCAAGAGAUAACAGAGAUUGCCAAGGAGCUCAAUUACGAUCGCGAGGUCGUCCGGGUCUGGUUUUGCAACCGGCGACAGACACUCAAAAACACCAGCAAACUCAAUGUCUUUCAGAUCCCUUGAAGGUUCAGGGGCUGACGUGGCCUGUCCUUGCGUUGCUGCUGUGAGCACUUUGUGGCUAACUCCCCUUUGCACCUGCAGUUCCUUUUACGGUGAUGACUGGCACGGAAGAUGGUGGGCAGGAAGGAGUGCCUCUUGUUUCAGUGUCCUCCCAGCCUUUUUGUCUCACGUGGCCCAGUUGUGUACAUGUCAGCUGUGUCCUUCCUCUCUGAGUGUCGUGCUGGAGCUGUGAAGGGUUUAGGAAUACAUACACCUUUAGUUUCCUUCAGUGUCAGACAAAAGCAUCAUCAGGUUUAUUUCCUUUUGAAAACUACAACAACAACAACAAGACUCUCUGUGUUUUUGUAUGGAAAGGUAGCGUUGGGACUGACACCUGAAUUGCACUUAUCAGAAAAUCCUGCUUCCUUUCAAAAAGAAAUGUGUAAAAUCCUGUUCCAUUUCAAACUCUUUUCAUAGACAGUGUUAUCUCUUCAUGCACAGUAACAGGUACAGUUAACGGUAUCUAAGCAGAUUAGUGGCAUAAUUUAUAUCUUUUUCUUGUGAAGAUUAUUAUUAUUAUUGUUAUUCAGAGCACUAUUAAACUAAAAGACUUUUUAUCACUGAAAAAA